UCCGGAGUCUCCGUUCUCUGUGCGGCUGUCAGACGUCUUUCGCCCCUAGGGCGCGGUGGCCCUGGGGACCGGCGGCCCUGGGGACCGGUGGCCCUCGGGGCCGGCUCUCCCUGAGCACCGGCUUGGGGGAAGCCCGGGAGCUUUCUUUGGUGUCCUAGCAACCGGGAGCCGGGCGGCGGGCCGGGCUGCUCGAGCGCCAGCCAUCGCCGGCCCAAACGGGAGCCGGAACCCAAAGCUCGGACGCAUCAGGAAGACAUGGCGGACGAGGCGUUGUUUUUGCUGCUCCACAACGAGAUGGUGUCGGGAGUGUACAAGUCCGCUGAGCACGGGGAGGUGGAAAAUGGACGAUGUAUUACUAAGCUGGAAAACAUGGGAUUUCGAGUGGGACAAGGAUUGAUAGAAAGGUUUACAAAAGAUACUGCAAGAUUCAAGGAUGAGUUGGACAUCAUGAAGUUCGUAUGUAAAGAUUUUUGGACUACAGUAUUCAGGAAGCAAAUAGACAAUCUGAGGACAAAUCACCAGGGCAUCUAUGUACUUCAGGACAACAAAUUUCGUCUGCUAACUCAGAUGUCUUCAGGAAAACAGUAUUUAGAACAUGCAUCCAAGGUAUUUAAUAAGUUAGACUACUUAAAAAAAGGGGGGGAGGGUCUGGGAACGUGGCUUAGUGGUAGAGUGCUUGCUUACAUGCACAAAGCCCCCGGUAAAUUUCAAGUGAUGAUACAGAAGCUAUAG